AUGACGUCUCAGCCACCGCAAUCGCCGGCUUCUGCGGCCACUUCUUUUGGCAAGGUCCCACUUGAGGUCUUCCUUCGCAUCACAGACCACCUCACAACGAUAGAAAAUGGCAACCUGCGCCUCACCUGUCGGUCCAUUGAGAGGUCCCUCUUCACAACCUUCAGCAGGGAAUUCUUCAGCAAGAAGCAGUUCAUGCUCACCGAAGACAGUCUUCAGGCUCUCAUCGACAUGUCCACCUCGCGGAUCGGUGACUGUCUCAAACACAUCAUCAUCGGCCUGGACUACUACAAGGAGGGCUUACAAGUGCAUUCGCAAGCAAAAACCACACUCUACACCGCGGGCUGCGAUGACCAACGGACGUUCCUUUGGACGGGACAAGCCGUGCUCAUGCUGACGGAAGCCUUCCGCAACCUCCAACCUACCGUUGUAGGCAUGCGGGACUACGCAUCCGAUGCGCGUCAGUUCCGAGACGGCUCGCGCGCGAAAUGGGCGAGCUACGGCGCGACGACUGUCUGGAAGGAGACCGGCGUUAGUCUACUCGGGGGAAGUGGCUAUGAUGAGGUAGUCAGCGUCUAUGCCUCCCAAGUCUUCUCCAUCAUCUUGGCUGCUCUGGCCGGCUCAGGCGCCACACCGACGACUAUUGAGGUCCUUCGACACCAUCACGGCCGUCUUCGUGCGACCGCCUUCAACAUUCCCAAGUACCUCAAAGCUUCUCUGCUUCCCGUGCUCUCGAGAAUAGAGACCAUCUUUCUGCCGUUGGAUGUCGUGAGAAAGCGUCAUGACUGGGAUAUAAGCUCUCCGACCCGCUACGCCAGCGCCGAUGGCUCGGAACACAACAUGGAAAUGUGCCCUGAUUACCUCUUCCGCGUCUUCCUCUCACAUCUGCCCAGCCUCAAACACUUACGUCUCAACUUUCACCGCAAUGAUACACCAACCGAUCUCCUCAAAUGGCUUGCCGAUCCAAUCCCUGACACGCUGGAUGCUUCCAAGCUUCCCACAACGUCCAACACCCCUGGCGUUUUGCGCUUGCCUCCGGCAGUCGACUUUCCUUAUCUUGAGAGCAUCGAUUUUGGCAUCCUCGCCAUUGACCAAGAAUCACUCCUUAAGGUCAUUCACAAGUUUGCGCUAACGCUCAAGGGCGUCGAGCUGUGGAAGGUCACACUCGUGAGAAACAGCGUCGAGACCAGCGACGUGCCCAACCGGCGCAACCUCUGGAGGCAGUUCUUCGGCAGGAUGCGCCACGUCGAAGGCCUCAAACUGAAGCACAUGAUGGUCGGCCAGCCGCAGCAACGGUUGCAGCAGCGCAGCGCCGUUCGCGACGUGACGUUCAGGUCCCUGUCGCAUGAGGGCACGACGAACGCGAUUCAGAAGCGUGCCUACCUGGGCAAUGAGUGGGACGAAUGGAUCCAGGACAUGGCAGCCGAUGUCGUCGUCAAGGGCCUUUCCGAUGCAGGUUUAGAAGAUAAGUCGGAUGUCAGCUCGAGCGAUUAUUCGACCAUGGACGACGAAGACGAUCCGACCUUGGAUGAGACGAACGAAGAUGAUGACAUGGGUGAUGCCUGA